ACUUAAGAAGCUACCGCACAGAUUGUGCUUUUCUGUGAUGACCGCGCAAAGUAGAGACAACUUUUCUAUAGCAGUGUCUCUUCACUAGGCACAACUAUAGCUAUAUUUGUUGUUGUUUUUAUAUAUUUCUUAAUUUAUUGUCGCAAUGCACGGGCUCGCCUGCCUCCCCGCCGCUCUGCUUCUCUUGCUGCUGUCCGGCUGCACUCCUGCUCGGGGAUAUUUUGCGGAGGAGCGCUGGAGCCCCGAGUCUCAGCUCCUCGCUCCCCGGAUCCUCGUCGCCCUCAUCUGCAGGAACUCCGAGCACUCUUUGCCGUAUUUCCUCGGUAAUAUUGAGCGCCUAAACUAUCCUAAGGAGCGUAUGGCUUUGUGGGUGGCAACUGAUCAUAACAAGGACAACACCACAGUCAUCCUGCGGGACUGGCUUGUCAAGAUGCAGAGCCUUUACCAUUAUGUGGAGUGGAGACCAAAAGAGGAACCCAGACGUUAUCGGGAUGAAGAUGGUCCCAAGCAAUGGACAGACCUCCGUUAUGAGCAUGUUAUGAAGCUUCGGCAAGCGGCCUUGGAAUCAGCUCGUGAGAUGUGGGCGGACUACUUUAUGUUGGUGGACUGUGAUAAUCUCCUCACCAAUCCCGAUAUGCUCUGGAAGCUCAUGAGCGAGAACAAGACCAUCAUUGCUCCAAUGCUUGAAUCCCGUGCAGCCUAUUCAAACUUCUGGUGCGCAAUGACCUCCCAGGGUUACUAUAAGCGCACGCCUGCGUACUUACCCAUAAGAAAGCAGGUGCGCAGGGGCUGUUUUGCAGUUCCAAUGGUCCACUCCACCUUCCUGAUAGACCUCAGGAAAGAAGCGACCCGGCAGCUGGCCUUUCACCCACCACACCCAGAAUACAGCUGGGCUUUUGACGACAUCAUUGUGUUUGCGUUCUCCGCUCGGAUGGCAGAUGUUCAAAUGUUUGUAUGUAACAAAGAGACCUAUGGUAACUUACCUGUGCCACUGCGAUCCCACAAUACUUUGCAAGACGAAGCUGACAGCUUCUUGCACUCCGUGCUGGAGGUUAAUGUGCGAAAUCCCCCAGUGAUGCCUUCCAAAUACGUACCUGUUCCUAGAAAACAACCUGACAAACUGGGCUUUGAUGAGGUGUUCAUGAUAAACCUGCAGAGGCGGACUGACCGCCGAGAACGUAUGCUGAGCGCAUUAUACGAGCAGAAGAUUGCUUGUAAAGUUAUUGCAGCUGUAGAUGGAAAAGCGAUGAAUAUCAGUGAAAUUCAUAAUAUAGGCAUCCACAUGCUGCCUGGAUACAAUGACCCCUAUCAUGGUCGUCCACUGACAAAGGGAGAGCUAGGCUGCUUCCUUUCCCACUAUAACAUCUGGAAAGAGAUUGUGGAGCGACGCCUGGAAACUUCCCUGGUGAUUGAAGACGACCUGCGCUUCGAGAUCUUCUUCAAACGACGCUUGAUGAACAUGAUGAAGGAGGUGGAGGAUGAAGGACUGGACUGGGAUCUCAUUUACAUUGGUCGGAAGAGAAUGCAAGUGGAUCACCCAGAGAAAGCGGUGCCUAAUGUACACAACUUAGUGGAAGCAGACUAUUCAUAUUGGACUCUAGGCUAUAUGAUAUCAUUACAAGGUGCAGAGAAGCUUUUGAAAGCAGAACCACUUAAAAGGAUUCUGCCAGUGGACGAGUUUCUUCCAAUCAUGUUCAAUAAACACCCAGUGUCUGAUUAUAUGAAACAGUUUGAAACCAGGGACCUGAAGGCAUUUUCAGCCGAGCCUCUUCUAGUGUAUCCGACACACUACACGGGCGACAGAGGCUACAUCAGCGACACCGAGACCUCCACAGUGUGGGACAAUGACAAGGUCCGUACAGACUGGGACAGAGCGCGCUCAGGAAAAACUGGGGAGCAGGCUGAGAUCAGCAGUGAGGCCCAGAACUCAGAUGUGCUCCAGUCGCCUUUGGACAGUACAGCACGGGACGAGCUAUGAGAGGAACUGAAUAAAAAGCCUUGGAAAGAUUUACAAACCACCAUUUUUUUAAUCAUCAUGUUUCAUCUUUAAAAACGUUAUUUUGCGUCACAUCCAGGGAUGUGACAUCAGAGUUUGUAGAAGGAUUUCAUUUAUCCAGAUGUGACGAGUUAAAAAGGGAUCAGGUGUAUCUUGUGUUUCCCGUCACGCUGUUCGUUUUUUAGUUUUUACUCCUAUAAAGGCACUAGACUUGCCAUUUGGAAUGGCAUUUGCAGUACCCAACUUCUGUCUGUCAUACAGAAAGUAACCUAUAUAUUAGCAAAGAAUGCAAUUGGACUGUUACAUGUCAGUCAUCGGGCAGUUAACGUUGCCCUAAAUUGAGAUUACACUGUGAAAUGCUUUUUUAGAAAUACAUUUCUCAAGACUAGAAAUACAUUUGGCCAGACUGUAUGCCACUGAGAAAAAUCAGGCAUCAGACACUCGUGUCUUAAAUCAACCGGUAAUUAUUCUAUAUUCAUUGGUCCAAGAGGAGAAACGUGCAUGUCUUUUGCUUUGGUACUUUAGUAUUUUGUCUUUUAAACUUAAUAUUGCUGUUUUUAAUUAAUCAUUAGCCAACACUUAAGAUGCCUGAAGCAGAGAUUUACCAAAGCAACAAAUCACACAAGCAACAGUUGUAGUCAACUCAGAAUCAUAGAUUAACAGUACUACAGUAGAGUAUAUACCAAUGCUAUUCAUUAUUCUUGUGUACCUUGUCUCCACUUUGGGAUUGUUUCCAAAGUAAUGCCACCAACCCGCUGUUGACACGGUAAUAGGCGGGACAAACCACUGUACACGCCUCAAACUUGGUGGUUUGGGAGUAACAUGGUAUUAAAUGCCCUUUAAGUUUACUUUAAAAAGAACCCACCCAACCACAUCCAAACACGCAUUAGUCUCCACCUCCUUAAUCAUCUUCAGUUAAAUCUAAAUUUGAGCAUUUUGGGUGAGCAAGACUUGAUAAAAUGUCCGUGCAAAAGAACAUAAACGAAAUAAAGUUGGUAUCAUUUUACAUUUUACAGAAUAUUUAUUCUGUCAUGGUAUUAAUGGGAACUGUUUACCCAUGGAUCUUGCACACAAAUGUUAGUGGUACAUUGUGCAAACAAUAAAUAAAAUGUUUUAUUUUUAAACAAAA